UAGGCCAGAAGGGGAGAGUCUCCUCCCUCGACCUACUGCUCACACUCUAGGAAUGCAGGCCAACACCAGGGCAGGGAGUCAGUAGAUCAGGCUCUUGUGGUGUUCAUUUCCCAACUAGUUGGGGAAAGUGAGAGAGAAAUUUGGCUUUAAAUAACUGAUUAUUUUCCCAUUUCCUGUUGAAUUGCAAUAAAAUGUUGGCAAUGUGCUACCUACAAAUGUGCUGCCUACAAAUGUGCUACCUACAAAUGUGCUACCUACAAAUGUGCUACCUACAAAUGUGCUACCUACAAAUGUACUUCACUGAAGAGAAAGGAAGGAGCAGCUGGGAUGGGACUUGGGGGGCUCAUUGGGAUAGAGGUGAUUCCUGAUGUGUGGUUCCUCUGUGCCCCUGCAGCUGGAGAAGGAGUACGUCUGCCGUGUGGUGGGGGAGUUCCCAGAGCACGAAGUGGUCUGUGAGGAGCCCAUCCUGGUGGUGUCCUACAAGGUGGGAGUGUGUCGUGUGGACCCCAAAGGGAAAUGCUGCAAAACCACCUUCCAGAGGCUCAGCUACAACGGGAAGAGCAGCGUGGUCAAGUGUCUGCCCCACACCGGCCGCACGCACCAGAUCCGGGUCCAUCUGCAGUUCUUGGGGCACCCUAUAGUCAAUGACCCCAUCUACAACAUGGAAGCCUGGGGCCCUGACAGGGGCAAGGGGGGUAAGAUAGAUAAAACAGAUGAAGAGCUCCUCAAGGCCCUGGUAGAGGAGCAUCGUUCCAAACAGAGCCUGGAUAUACUGGGUAUUAUGGAUGAGGACUUGAACUCCGGUGCUGGAAGUAAAGACUGUGGUGAUUCAAGUGAGUGCACAAAGCCUGUGCAGGCUGAUCCCAGCAGUGGGAAUUCCUGCCCUGCUGAGGAUGCUCAGGAUCCCGGGAGGGACACUCGGAAUCCUGGGAGGAAUGACACAAUAGGGUGUCCAUUGAACUCUGAUGCCAACCUGGAAACACAGGAAAGCAAAGAACUCAAUUCAUGUGACAAUCAGCAUGGGGAAGUGGGAGAAAAGGGUUCAGGAGAGAAGGACCCUUUGUGUGUGGAGUGUAAGAUGGUAAGGAGGGACCCAUCUCCCAAGGAGCUGGUGAUGUAUCUGCAUGCCCUGCGCUACAAGGGUGUGGGGUUUGAGUACUGCUCCAGGAUGCCUGAAUGGGCAGCAGAAGACUGGGAGGAAUGAGUGAGGAUGUGGUAAAGACCUCACAUGUACUUCCCCAGCAGUGCUUGAGGUGAACAGGCUGGGAACAGUCCUCAUGCUGGAGAGGAGGAGCAGAAGAUGAGGCUACAACACACUUCUGGGUUUAUGUUGCUUAUGGAUGAAGCAGCACUUCAGGGUACCACACACUGCUUGGCACAGGCAGCUUUGCCUUUCACCUCCACAUAACCUGGGGCUGCUGCUGAUCAUCCACACGGGUAUUAGUGAACAUCAGCAGUGGUUGUUGUUCUGGCCUCCUGUGUUCUUGGAGCUGACACCAGGAGCUGUUGGGUUGUUGUUUGCUGUGCUGGAUGUCAUACACAACACUACUCGUGCUGUACUUCACUGCCAGAUUGUGAAACUCAGACCUUACCACUGAGAGCAUCCUGAGCUGAAAGCAGAGCACUGUGAAGCUGAUCCAUCUGC